GAGCAGCGGCCCAGGAGAGCGGCGGACGCCCCGGCCUGUUGCCCCGCUGCGGCCCGGCCGGGGCCUGAUGAGCAGCGGCCUCGGCCUCCGGCGCAGCCCGGAAAUGUCCGGCAAGAUCGAGAAAGCAGACUCUCAGCGCUCUCACCUCUCCUCCUUCACCAUGAAGCUGAUGGACAAAUUCCACUCUCCCAAAAUCAAGAGAACACCAUCCAAGAAGGGAAAGCCAGCCGAGGUGUCGAAGAUUCCCGAGAAGUCUGUGAGCAAAGAGGCAAGAGACAGAUUUCUACCAGAGGGCUACCCUAUCCCCUUGGAACUGGAGCAGCAGGCAGUAGAAUUUAUGUCCACCAGUGCUGUGGCUUCCAGGUCUCAGAGGCAGAAGAACCUGUGCUGGCUGGAGGAGAAAGAGAAGGAAGUUGUCAGUGCCUUGCGCUACUUUAAGACCAUUGUGGACAAAAUGGCCAUUGAUAAGAAGGUUCUGGAGAUGCUCCCGGGGUCAGCCACCAAGGUGCUAGAGGCCAUCUUACCCCUGGUACAGAUUGACCUUCAGAUCCAGCACAGCUCAGCCCUCUCCUCCUGCUAUAGCCGAGUAUACCAGAGCCUCGCCAACCUCAUCCGAUGGUCUGACCAGGUGAUGCUGGAGGGCGUGAACUCAGAAGAUAAAGAGAUGGUGACGACUGUGAAGGGAGUCAUCAAGGCUGUGCUGGAUGGAGUGAAGGAGCUGGUAAGGAUAAUCAUUGAGAAGCAGGGGCGGCCAUCACCAACAAGCCCAGUGAAGCCCAGUUCCCCAGCCAGCAAGCCUGACGGCCACCCUGAGCUCCCUCUGACAGACCGAGAGAUGGAGAUUCUGAACAAGACAGCAACAGGUGUGUCACCAUCCACUGAAUUGCUCCCAGACUCCACUAGUGAAGAGGUCGCACCCCCCAAACCCCCCUUACCUGGCAUUCGGGUAGUUGAUAACAGUCCACCAGCAUUACCGCCCAAGAAAAGACAGUCUGCUCCAUCCCCUACCCGAGUGGCCGUGGUAGCCCCUAUGAGUCGAGCUACCAGUGGCUCCAGUUUACCUGUUGGAAUCAAUAGGCAGGACUUUGAUGUUGACUGUUACACCCAGAGGCGCCUGUCCGGAGGCAGCCGCUCCUGCGGUGGUGAGUCUCCUCGCUUGUCCCCCUGCAGCAGCACAGGCAAACUCAGCCGGUCAGACGAGCAGCUGUCCUCCCUAGACAGGGAUAGUGGGCAGUGCUCGCGGAACACAAGCUGUGAAACACUAGAUCACUAUGACCCUGACUAUGAAUUCCUCCAGCAAGACCUCUCCAACGCAGACCAGAUCCCUCCACAGGCAGCCUGCAGCCUCAGCCCACUACCAGAGUCCCUGGGGGAGGCUGGCCCACCCUUUCUUGGCCAUACUUUUCAGCUGCCUCUGGGCAGCUAUCCCCAGCAGGAGGGGCAGCAGACAGACACUCCACCUGCCCUUCCUGAGAAGAAGCGCAGGAGUGCAGCCUCCCAGACCACGGACAGCUCUGGCUGCAGGGUGUCCUAUGAACGACACCCCUCACAGUAUGACAACAUCUCAGAGGAUGACCUGCAGAACCCAGUCCCAGUCCAGCCUGUGCCCUACCCGCCCUUUGCUGCUAUCCUUCCGUUUCAGCAGGGAACUUCCUCAGCCCCUGUUGAAUUUGUGGGUGAUUUCAGUGCUCCGGAGUCAGUGGGUGACCCAGAGAAGCCACCUCCUCUACCAGAGAAGAAAAACAAACACAUGCUGGCCUACAUGCAGCUGCUCGAAGACUACUCAGAGCCACAGCCCUCCAUGUUCUACCAGACUCCGCAGAGCGAGCACAUCUACCAGCAGAAGAACAAGAUGCUCAUGGAGGUCUACGGCUUCAGCGACUCCUUCUGCGGCAGCGACUCCACGCAGGAGCUGGCCCCCCCACCCGCUCUGCCCCCCAAGCAGCGGCAGCUGCAGGCCUCCUAUGCUGCUUCUUCCUUCUCUGUCUCCUACUGUGUCCAGCAAACUAAAGUGGCCUUCACCCCCGAGGACGGCAGUGCCGCUCAGGGCCUCAGUGUGUCCGUGUCUAACUCCUUUCUCAGCCGGCACGGCAGCUUGCCUGUGCCCUCGUACAAAUCUGUGUUUAGGUCUUAUUCCCAGGACUUCAUGCCUCACCACCAAGCCUCCGUCCAACCUUUCCUUCCGCCUACCUCCUCUUCCUCUCCACAUUUCCCACCUGUCCACGCGUCCCAGAGCUCGGACUUAGCGGUGCCCACCGUAAGCAGUCCGCCUCCCAGCACCGUGGACGGGCCUCUCUCGUCUUCUCAGGACAGCAGCUCUCAUGGGAACCCUGUCCGCCUUCCUUCCGAAACCUCUUUCACUGACUCGGAACCACUGUCUGGGAAGGACGGAAAUCCCAGAGAUCCCUUGGUCAAUAGUGUGUCUGGGAAGGACAGCAGAGAAAAUGGGGAGAGGUCCCCAAAGUCACUGGAUGCUCUGGAGUCAGGCCAGUCAGAGGAGGAAGUGGACGAACUGACCCUCAUUGACCACAAUGAAAUUAUGGCCAGGCUGACACUUAAGCAAGAGGGUGAUGAUGGGCCAGAUGUUCGUGGAGGUUCAGGAGACAUCUUGCUGGUCCAUGCUACUGAGACAGACAGAAAAGACCUGGUGCUGUACUGUGAGGCCUUCCUGACAACCUACAGGACCUUCAUCAGCCCUGAGGAGCUCAUCAAGAAACUGCAGUACCGAUACGAGAAGUUCUCUCCCUUCGCUGACACAUUCAAGAAGCGAGUCAGCAAGAACACGUUCUUUGUGCUGGUGCGAGUGGUGGAUGAGCUCUGCCUGGUGGAGUUGACGGAGGAGAUCCUGAAGCUACUGAUGGAGCUAGUCUUCCGUCUAGUGUGCAGCGGAGAGCUCAGCCUGGCCCGUGUACUCCGGAAGAACAUUCUGGAAAAGAUGGACCAGAAGAAGCUGCUCAGGUGUGCCCAUUCCGACCAGCCUCUGGCAGCCAGGGGUGUCGCAGCCAGGCCAGGGACCUUGCAUGAUUUCCACAGCCACGAGAUAGCAGAGCAGCUGACAUUGCUGGACGCAGAGCUAUUCUAUAAGAUAGAGAUUCCUGAAGUUUUGCUUUGGGCCAAAGAGCAGAAUGAGGAGAAGAGCCCCAAUCUGACCCAGUUCACGGAGCACUUCAACAACAUGUCCUACUGGGUACGGUCCAUCAUCAUGCUGCAAGAAAAGGCCCAGGACCGGGAGAGGCUGCUUCUGAAAUUCAUCAAGAUCAUGAAGCACCUGCGCAAGCUGAACAACUUCAACUCCUACCUGGCCAUCCUCUCAGCUCUGGACUCAGCACCCAUCCGCAGACUGGAGUGGCAGAGGCAAACCUCAGAGGGCCUGGCCGAGUACUGCACAUUGAUUGACAGCUCAUCCUCUUUCCGAGCCUACCGGGCUGCCCUCUCAGAGGUGGAACCCCCAUGUAUCCCUUACCUAGGUUUGAUCCUGCAGGACCUGACCUUCGUUCACCUGGGAAACCCAGACUAUAUUGAUGGGAAAGUGAACUUCUCCAAGCGGUGGCAACAGUUCAACAUCUUGGACAGCAUGCGGUGCUUCCAGCAGGUGCACUAUGAAAUCCGGAGGAACGACGACAUCAUAACCUUCUUCAAUGACUUCAGUGACCACCUGGCCGAGGAAGCCCUAUGGGAACUCUCUCUGAAGAUCAAACCCAGGAACAUCACAAGGCGGAAAACAGACCGUGAAGAGAAGACCUAGGCGCUGGCUGGGUGUAAGAACGCUCAAGUGGCCCAGAGAGGACCUGGACCGUCCAGCCUCAGAGCCUAUCCACAGCUUGGCUGUGUGGUGGCACCCGAGCCUGCCAGCCGGUUUCCUGCCUCUCUCCCUGUGGCUAAAGCCCCAGGGUCCACAAUGAGCUAGCCGGCAGGCCUCAGGACUGGCUUGUGAACUGGUGGCCCCUGGUCUGGUUUUGUUUUCUGUUUUCUGUCGAUGCUCCCUCCUGUUCCCUACUGUUCCCUUCCAACUGGGGAGCAACAGAGACCUGAACAGCAGACUAGGGCAGUGGUGGGCCUCAACCCUCUGAAGGGUUCCCUCACCUUCUUAAGUGGCAGAUGCGUAAAAGCCCCAGAAUCCUUGGGUAGGCUGCCCUCCAGGGACAUGGGAGGCAGAAAGCAGAGAAGGGCCAUGGCAGGAAUCUUUUAAAUAUGGAGGAUGAGGCCUGUAGACCUGGCCCAGAAGGUAUGGUGAGUGGCAUCAGCAGCCACAGAGCUGGCAUCCUCACAGUAGUGGCCCCAGACCUGUCCUGCCAUGCAUGGCCCGCUAGGCUCACCUGCUACACAUGACAGCAACACCAGUAGCACCUCCCUCCUGUGCCCCCACCCUGGCCCAGCCACAGCCGCCGCCCACACCACUGGCACUCUGGGGAUCAGGAAGAAAAGGCCGAAGGAAGGGGGAGUUCAUGCUGAGCUGGGGCCAAGGCUGUGCUUCUGAGUAGUCAGAGUGAGGGUCUUUAGUGACUGAAGGAGAGGCAAGCAGCCCCUCCAUGCUUGCUGUGUGCCUUAAAUGCCAUCUCCUGUCCCUUCCGGGCCUAUGGGCUUCCCUUCCACUUUGCCCAACCCCUGGCAGCCAGCAGGUCCCUAGUCCCUUUCUGUACCCUGGUAAUGUCUGGUGUCCCCGAGAAGGCUGAGCAGGCCUGGGGUGUGAGUGCCUCCAGAGGCCUCCUGAUUCCAGGCAGGUGCUCGUCCCCUGAUGUGGAGCCACCGCUGCUGCUGAGGUUGACAAUCGAGGGCAAGAUGUUCAGGGCUCAGUGCUAGGGUCUCCCAGGCCCUGGCUCCAUGGCCACCACUGUGGCUAGUUGGCAGGGUACAGGUCAGAUGUGCUGCUAGCCCUCCCAUGCCUCCAGUUCACUUUUUCAUGGACAAGCGCCCAUUUCUUCUGUCAUGGGGCUUGUUCAAGUGGACACCAGGAUCUCUGUGCUUCCUCAACCCGGUCAUGGCAGCAGAGGGAAGACAACAGCUGCCGGGUGCACGUUUGGAACAACUGUCGCUCUGAACCCCUCCUGGGUGUUUUUUUUAGCAGCUUUUAUCAAAAAAGGAACUCUGGGCUGUUCUUCCCCCUCUCCGUUUAUUUGUGCUGUAAAGAGGGGUGUAUCUGUGAACAGCCCCUUGGCCGGCUCCCUCUGGCAGCAGCCAGGGCACCCGGGUUGUCUAAGGAGUGUGUGUGUGUGGAGUCAAGCUUGAGAGCAGUCGUGUGGGUCUUUGGUUUGUUUCUCCUUCGCAGGUCCUUCAUUUCAGUCCCUCCUGUCCCUCACGAGUGCUGCUGUGUGCAGGUGGGGGCACUCUGCACAUCGGGCCCUUCCUCCGUGUGGGGACAGUGAGGUGCAGUGUGUGGAUUUAACUUAUUAGCCAACAGGCUUCCCUAGUCACCUGCCUCUGGCUGAGGCUGAGCCCAUUGCUCACCGCAGCCUGGCUUCCACAUGUCUGUUUCUCGGGGGUGGGGGGCUGGGAGAGCUGUGCAGAUCAGUCUUUGUAGGCACCCUGAGUGGCAUGGACAGUUCAGUUUUCUACAGAGGCCAGCCCUUACCUGUGAGUUUGGUAUGGACAAGGCUAGAGCAAGCAAAUGCCACAUCUGGCUGAUCGUGAACCGAGACACCUGCCCAAUGCCUCCCAGUGUGAUGCUGUAAUAUAAAUCCCCCACUAACCUGUCCAACAGUGGCAUCUUCCUACAGACAUUACAAGCGCGUAACUUUUAUAUGAAAAAAUAAACAGGCAAAAGCCCAUCUGAUGCCGCCUCUGUGUCCAAGCUUUCUGUGCCAAGCUGCCUUGGGCCAGUCCCUACCUGUUUGUGACCUAGUUGAAGGGAAGUGGGUGGAGCCUAGGGCUCUGGUCGGCAUUCUCUUCUCAGACCUGCUCUUGUGGUUGUGGUCACUCUGGCUGAGUAGAGGAGAGCACCAGGACCUGCCCUUCUCAGACUGAAAGGAAACAGCUUAGUGGCCAUAGGCACUUAGCACCGC